AUGUCGUUUACCCUGUUCACCAAGGGAAAGGAGAAGGAGAGGAAGAAGGACAAGACCAUUAAAAUCCCCCGGCUACUCCGGUUUCGCGCGGGUCGGGAAGCCACCACAAGCUCUUUGGCUACGGCGGGAGCGACGUCCACGGUCGCGGGAACCACGGGAAAGGCAUCAGUAACGCGAUCCUCAGAAGUGCUCCCUACAUCUGGGGACAGCCGUCUCAUCCAAGAGGUGGAUGCCUUGUCGACGGCAUUGAUCCUGAUGGGAAACGCGUCCACGAAUGCAGCGAGGGCCGUCGAGAUACUGGGCGAGAUCCAGGAGGUGCUCAACGUCGCUGAAAAGGGGACUGUGGACGCGUUGAACGACGACAUCUCCCUUGAGACAUUUAAUGGUGCGGCUGCCGUUUAUCGGAACAGCUCCUGGCCGACGAAUCUAGUCUGGCAUGAACCAUCAUCCACCUUUGCGACGGCUGCAACUGAAGAAGCGCCACCCACACUUAUAAUGCCCCUUAUGCAACUGGCCGCACAUGCCUGUCAUCAGGUAUAUAUCCGUCCAGACUGCGCACUUGAUGUAGCGAUACAUCCGUCAGAUGUUGAAAGGGUAGACAGUCUUGUUGGGGAACCCCGAGAAAUCCGAUUACCCCGUUCGAGGACCGGACUAGAGAAACCCACGGAUAUCAAGUUUGUCCUGGAUGAACGCCAUGGUGAUGAGGGAGGUACGAUUGUCGUUGCUAUUAUGGGGAGUCGGACGUGGAUGGAUUGGGUCGUUAAUUUUGACUGUAACCCAGUCGAUAUGCAGGAGGACCUGGGAUUAGCAGGGAGGAAGGUCCAUUCCGGGUUGUUCUCUGUCGCGGUUCUUAUGAGAAAACGCAUUUCCACUGCCCUGAGAGCACAUCUUGCAAAUCGAAGAGGGGGAGUGAAGCCGCGGCUGCUCCUGACGGGUCAUUCGGCGGGCGGUGCUGUCGCUGCCCUCUGCUGGGACUUCCUGGUCCGAAGCAAAUACACCGGCCGCCAAGAACAGCAGCAUAUGUCCAUAGAACUUGGAGUUGCCUUCGAAUCCAUCCACUGCAUCACCUUUGGAGCCCCGCCGGUGACCUCGCCGCCUCUUACGCCACGAUCGUUCUCUCCGAAUGACCCCGUGGACUUCAUCCUCUCGGUCGUUAACGAAGGCGAUCCCAUUCCACGUACAGACUUCGAUUAUGUCAAAACACUGUUCCAUCUCGCCACUCGUCUAGGCACUCACAAUCCUGAUUUCGUCGGGAGUUUGCUUCAACUGGCCCCAAUGCAACUCGCCAACGCCUUCCCUAUUCUGGGCCUUCGUGUCACGGAGCCCGUCGGCGGACGUGAGCAAGUCCGUGGGGUCUUCGUCGAAAGUCAUAUCAUGGAGAAGACGCUAGCGGUUAACCCGGCCGCGCACCACAUGAGCGUGUACGCCGCCAAUGUCAAUGCGUUCGCCAACCAAGACAUUCCGUCUUUGAAAGCUAAGAGAUUCUUCAGUCGUCGGAGUGUCCGCGAGACCUCUCUUGCUACGAACAACUACGACGAGGACGACGGCUGGGAAGGGUUUGACGACUGGUUUGAUGCCGGGGACUUGGACAGUCCCGAGAAGUGGCUUAUUGCCGGCAUGGUCGACGGAGAGUGGCAUAGUUGUAUCACUGGUUUCUGGGUGCGACAGCAACAGUCUCCAGUGGCAGCGUUCCAUCAGGCGUCAAAUGACCUCAUAGGGCGAUUCAGAACUGACCUUAACGAGCUGGAGGGGACAUUAAGUCCAGAUGAUUUGCAGAGUCAAGUACAUGCUCUGGCAAGCCAGUUACGAGGCAUGCUCUCGGUCCUCGGCACGAACGAUAAUCAUGCCAACCAAGACGAAGGACAUGACCUACGUCCAUGA